AUGUUAUUUGACAUUAAAAAAAUAAUAGAUCUAAAAGAUUCUUCUGAUGAAUCAGGAAAUAAAGAAAUAGAUUCCUAAAAUAAUGAAAAUGUAGAAAAAGAAGAUAAUGAAGAAGAUAUAGGAUAAUAAAGUAACAAAUAAUAUUCAAAAAAUAAUUGA